AUGGCUUCUCUUAAAUUUGUCCGCUCGGUCUGGGAGUCCUUCCGAGCUACCUCGGGUCUGGAGCCUCGCCUGUUGAAUAAUCUCCGUGUUACAGCCGCCAGGCCCGGUGUAGUCAACUUUGAGCUAGAUAUUCAGAAGGAGCAUACAAACCGCCUGAAUAUCCUGCACGGAGGCACCAUUGCAAGCAUGGUCGACCUCGGGGGCUCGUUAGCUGUGGCAUCUCGUGGCUUGUUCGCGACGGGAGUGUCAACAGACCUGAAUGUCACAUACUUGAACUCAGGUGGCAAAGUUGGUGACCGAAUUUUGGCCGUAUUUGGCAAGACCCUUGCUUUCACAAACAUCAAGUUCACGAACCUUGAUGGACAUGUCGUUGCUCGUGGGAGCCACACGAAGUCUGUACUCUAUCCUAUUUUUGAAAGCAAACUGCUAAUGUCGCAUAGAUACGUGGCCCAGGCUUGGAAGGAUCCCAAUAACAUCGUGGAGGAAAUGAACAAGCACAAGGACCAAUGA